CAAAAAUUACCGGAAAUGUUUGCAUUUAUGGAAAACGUAGAGAAGCCUCCUCUUGGCGACCGAAAGUCGUACAUGAACAUCACAGAAGCCAAGUUAAUAGGCGAUGUUGAGAGAUAUAUCACCCAGCAGGAGUUUUCAUCGGAUGUCCAAGUGGCUCUAAAGCUGCAACACUUCUUCUAUUUGCAAUACAAUGAAAUCGCUGCCAAGUUGGAAGCUGAUCUUGGGGCGGUGGUAACGCGGUUAGAAGCUGCCAAGAACAACUUGGGACUAGUGAAGAAAUUUAUGGAUAAUCCGGGCAAGGAAUUCCAGAGCCUUAUGCAAAUAUCACAGGGAGUAUUUAGGUGGGUGACUGUAAUGCCAGUGGAAAGGGUGACUCUUAAAGUGGGCAAUGCUUUGCAAAUGGAGUUUGAUCUGCCGGAGGCACAGGAAUUUAUCAAGAAGGACAUCACAAGCCUGGUAAAGCAGCGUCUGCAACACGAGCACGAUAUUGACUUUCUGCAGGAUCAGGUGAACACAAUCGAGAUGAACUUGGCCGUUUUAUAUAAAAAAGGAGCCAAUAAGGAGAAUCCCCAAUAA